AUGGAGGCUCAUCAUGCGCAGAGUUAUUCUGGGAUCAGUACCAAGGAAGUCAACCUCAAAAACAAAGCUGGAAAUUCCCCACUUCUACUUUCAAUAGCCACAGGGAAAAAAUCUACAGAGAUUACGGAAUUACUCAUUCUCAAUGGCUCAAAGUUAAAUAUGACAAACAAAUGUAAAUGGACAGCCCUGCACAUAGCAUCUGAGAAAGGUAAUGUUAAAACAUUAAAGUUGCUGCUUAAACAUGAUGAUAAAUGUCUUCAAGCUAAGGAACCAGAAGGGAUGACACCUCUGCAUGUAGCGGCCAAAAAUGGUCACUGGAUGAUCUGUAAGGAGCUUGUGGAGGCAGGUGCCAAUAUAGAAGAGAGGGAUAGUUACGGCUCGACACCACUUCACUGGGCUGCAAAAAUGGGAUUUACUGAAUGUUGUAGGAAGCUGCUGGAGCACAACGCUUCUAUUAAUAGUGAAAACAGUAUAGGUAACACCCCCCUUCAUUUAUUAUAUGCAUCUGGCAAGGAAAAACCAGAUUGUGCCAGGUUAUUAAUUGAAUACGGAGCUGAUGUUAAUGCCCAAAAUAAAAAAGAUAAGACUCCAUUUCAUCUUUCCUUUCGUUCAUCAAUCGAAAUGACAAAGAUUCUCUCAGAUGCAGACGUUAAAUUGCAACUGACUGACUGUAAUGGCAGGACUGCUUUGCAUUAUGCUGCUGAAAGGCCGCCUUCUGAUUAUGUUAAGUUUGUUAUGAACAAGAAAUCAAAGGAAAUAGUUAAUAUAUUAGAUAAGCAAGAAAAAACAGCUCUACACAUAGCCAUUUCUAAAAAGGCAGAAAAAAGCUCUAAAUUUUUGAUAAAAGUCGGUGCUGACUGCUUUACUUGUGGUAAAAUUGGCACUGCUUUACAUAUAGCAGCUCAGAAUGGUCUAAAUGAAAUCUGUGAUUACCUUAUUACUAAGGGUGUCAAAGUUGACACAAAGAACAGUGAAGGAUUAACACCACUACACAUGGCAGCCAAAGAAGGCCAUAAAGGCUGUUGUGUUGUGCUGUGCAAGAGAAGUAAUUCACCAGAUGUUCCAGAUAAUAAUGGAAUGACAGCUCUCCACCAUGCUGCCAAGGGCAAACAUUCUUCUUGUUGUAAUGUUAUAAUAGAAAAGUAUCCACGUUCUAUUAACUCGAAAGAUAAUUUUGGUAAAACUCCUCUUCAUAUUGCUGUGGAGGCCAAGUCCCUGGAGUGUUGUAAGGUCAUGGUGACACCCAAAGCAGACCUGUGGGCAACAUCGCUUACUGGCAGCCCAAUCAAGAUAGCUUAUGAGGCAGACUCUCACGACAUCUUCAAAUUUCUCUUGGAUAAAGUAGAAGUUAAUAGAAGCCAAGGCAAAAAAAAAAUGAUGGAAAUUAUCAUAGACAGUUGCUUCUGGGAAGAGGCCUUCAAACCUGCCGAAGAAAUUUUAGAAAAGAAGCUGAAGAACAAGAAUUUGAUUUUGCUUGUGAAGGAUUAUCCAGAUUUAGUAAGACGUGUGCUGGACAAGUGUAUACAAACCCCAGAUAACAGUAAAGAUACACAGCAACAGCCCCCAGAUAACAGUGAAGAUACACAGCAACAGCCCCCAGAUAACAGUGAAGAUACACAGCAAAAGCCCUCAGAUAACAGUGAAGAUACACAGCAAAAGCCCCCAGAUAACAGUGAAGAUACACAGCAAAAGCCCCCAGAUAACAGUAAAGAUACACAGCAACAGUCACACACACGUUACUUAGUACACUACCUGGAUGAGGCAUACCCACUACCAGGCAAAAAGGAAAGUGUCACUUGUAAUAAUAAAAGUGCCACUCGCCUAAAUACCGGCAAUCAAAACUCACUUUUGAGAGAACCUUUUGAAACGGAGAGUGGGAAAUUAGUGGCCGGAGUGGAGUUGGCCAAGGUGGACCAGGACUGGCGCAACGACCACCUCUUAGAAUGUAUCAUUCGCUACAAGCACUACGACCUGCUGAAACACCCUCUCGUCACCUGCUGGCUUCAGUACAAGUGGAAACAAUACAUCAGAUGGCAUCAGGUUUUCUGUCUAGGAAUGGCUUGCAUCUUGGCGAUCUUAUUAACAGUGUUUACUAUAAUAUCUUGGGACUGGAUGUAUAUGCAGAAGACAUACAACAUAACACAGUCGUUGGUGUGCUCCACUGGAGAUGAAAAACCUUUCGCACCACAGCUUAAGCAUCUUCUGAAACAAGAGAACAAAGUUCCUCAUGGUCUUGGAAUCAUAAUCCUGUUGACACUUUCUAUUGGAAUUCUGCAAGACUUAUACAAAAUAUUAAGACUAAGAAGAAGGUACUUACUACUGGAAAACUUUUAUUUCCUUCUCUGUGCUGCAACUACCUUCCUCUUUAUUUUGGACUUUACAUCAUGUUCUAAAAGCACCUAUGUGAGAGAGGACUGGCAGUGGCGGAAGGGAGUAGUAGCUGUAGUUACAUCAUGGUUGUAUGUCUUCCAGAUGACAAGUGUCUUCCUGAUGACAAGAAUUUUACGCCGUUGUAGCUCUUUCUUCUUCCUUGUCAUCCACAUCCUUCGUACUCUUGUCAAGAUUACUGUUCCUCUACUAGUCAUAGGAGCACUGAUAUACAUUAUCCAUAUAAUAGCAAUCAAAGGAAUAAUUCCUUAUAAUUAUGUCUGGAAUACUGAAAUUCCAGUAAUUUCUUCUCAGUGGGUUGCUGCUGCAACAUAUAUUGGAGUAACUAUUGUUGUUUGUUUUGCAAUGUUAGAUAAGAACUUAAAAAAGAAAAGAAAAAAGUACAAGGGCAGUCAGACUACCGUUAUUGUAAAAAUUACACUAAAUUUUGACUUUUUGUAUCCAUGUUUGAGGAAGAAGUUUUAUGUAUUUUGCAUAACCAAACAAGCAAAGAAAAACUUACGUUUGCCACGUAAGAGAAACAAGGAUGAGAAAGAAAUAAGUAAAACGGGAAGUGACAGUAAUGAAGUUCUAAAUAAUAUUAAAGAAAAAAUUGAAAACCUUCAACAAGUUAUCGAAAGACGGAAUUUACAAGAUGAAAAUGAUAACAUUAAAGGGAAAAUUGAAGACCUUCAACGGAACUUACAAGAUGACAUUAAAUGGAAAAUUAAAAACCUUCAGGAAGAUAUAAAAGAACUGAAAAUAAUGUUAAAAAAAUAAAAAAAU